UGGAGGUAUGAAAGCAGCCUUGGCCGGGCGAGAAUCAGUCACUUCUCAGCGCGCUCUGCUCCGUCUGGGGAUGCUCUGGGCUGGCAGGAUGAGGCUGGGAUCUUCUGGGAUCUUCGUCGGGAUCUUGCUAGUGCUCGUCCACGCAGCAGCAGCCUGUGAGUUUGGGCCAGUCCCUGACAGAGCCACGGGGAUCGUCUGCAGGAUGACCAAGCCCGCGGCGUUGCUGUUGAACCAGGAAACAGCACAGGUCAUUCAAGCAGCCUUCAGGAAUGCCAACUUCCCAAAUAUCACCGGGGAAAGGUCCGUGCGGCUCCUCGGCAAGGUGGCUUACGGGCUAAGCAACAUCCAGGUCAACGAUUUGUCCAUCGAGCAGAGUGAGGUGGAGCUCAAGGAGAAUGAUGCCAUUGACAUUGCCAUUAAAAAUGUGACGGCCGUCUUCAAGGGCACCCUGACCUACGGCUAUGCUGGGGCCUGGUUUCUACAGCUUUUUCAUUCAGUUGAUUUUGAAAUCGAGUCUUCCAUCGACCUGCAGAUAAACAUUAAACUGAUGUGCCAGGAGGACCAGGUGGCUGCUGAUGCUUCAGACUGCUACCUCUCGUUCCACAAACUGACACUUCACCUCCAAGGAGACAAGGAGCCGGGCUGGUUGAAGCAGCUCUUCACAGAUUUCAUCUCCUUCACUUUGAAGUUUGUUCUCAAGAGAGAGGUGUGCAAUGAGAUCAAUUAUCUUGCCCAGGUGCUGGCCAAUUAUGUCCAUGACCUAGCAGCAAAUUUUGUCCGGGAUGAGGAUAUCGGACUUGAUAUCUCCCUUGCAUCAGAUCCUUUAAUAAAAGCAAAUUACCUCGAAUCACACCACAAGGGCCUUGUCAUGUACAAGAACUACUCUGAUGUCUUCAGUGACUCUGUUUUCUCCCCAUCACUGCUCUCCGAGUCCCGAAUGCUCUACUUCUGGCUGUCCGAACACAUCCUCAACUCCCUGGCUUCGGCAGCUUUCCUAGAUGAACGCCUGGUGAUGAACAUCAGUGGGAAGAAGUUGCAGGCGCUGUUUGAAAUUGAAGACACUGAAGUGCAGCAGAAGGCGGUGCAAUUGAUUUUUCAAGGCACCUCCUAUAAUGAUUCUGUGGCCAAGGUGUGGAGUCUCACCCAUCCCGAAAUCUCUCUCCAGCCUGAGGGGACAGUUGUGAAGUCCUUGGUAGCAGUGGAGAUCAACAUCUUUCCCCCAGGAGAAGAGUCCCUGAUGGUUCUGUACAUGGAGAAGGAAAUCACGGUCACUAUACAAGCUGCCUAUGCAGAAAAGAAACUCAUUUUGCAGCCUUUGGAUUCCAGGAUAGAGUUUAAAGUUUUUAAAUGGGCAGCUGAUCCAAGUGAGAAUGACCAGUCCAUAAGAAACUUCCUGCAGAAAAUGAUCUCAGUUGUCGGGAUCCCAGAAGUGAUUUCAAGGAUUGAACCAGCUUUGACCUCACUGAUGAACAGCAAAGGGCUUCAUUUAUUUGAGAUCAGAAAUCCUGAGAUCAUCACAAGAAAGGGAUACCUAAUUGUACAACUUGACUUUAGCUUCCCAAAUCAUUUGCUGCUUGACUUUCUUCAGAAAGGAUUUUAGAACUGGUCUGUUCUUGAAGGAGCGUAGGAAAUUGUGUACAAACAGUGAUUGCGUGUGAAAUGAUUAAAAGACAAGCUGACUUAAAUCAGCUUCUGCUGAUUUUUUUUUUCUUUUCCCGAGAAAUGCUCCAGUUUCUGUGCAAUUGUAUAUCCACUAAGCAAAGAUCUUGAAGUCUGCACCUCCACACAUGUUGCUGUUUAAGGAUCCUUCAGGAUCUUUAAAGGAGAUUCUGAGGAGCUUACAAGUAAGGGUUGAAUUCUUAAAGACCAUUGGCACUGGGUUAGCACUCAGAGAAGCCAGCAGAAACAGGCUUUACCAAUCAUUUGGUAUCUCUCUUGUUACACUUUAGAAACCUAGCAUCUUUUGUGCUGAUUCUGUGUUUGUGUUUUUUUUUUUUUUUUUUUUUUUUUUUUUUUGGCUCAACUACAAGCCAAAGAGUUCAUGAUUUUGGCAUACUUCAGCCAUUCACAUGACAUUACCAAACUGUAAGUAAGCUCAGAAGCAGUGAUAUUACAAGACCUGGGUAUAGCUGAAGACAGUGGAAUGUGAAUUUGGAGAGCAGUUUAAUAAGAGAUCUCAUGUCCUGGCUACUUUCUUUACAGAGUUCAAAACAUGGUGUAGAGCUCUGGGCAAAUCAUGUUCAUGUUGUGGGGGUACUGGCCAAGCAAACUUAACAAAAGUAAUAAAAACGGUGAGGAAGCCAAAGAGAUUAUAAGAGAAAGUGUAAGUAUCUAUUCAGACAUCAGGUUCCUGUUUCUUUCUACUAUAAUGCAAUCUUUAAGCUGAAGUGGCUCAGUCAUUUUCCUGUACCAAUUCAUGCUUCCUUUCUUUAAAAUUCAUCUUAUUAUUAGGAAGACAGCUCAAAUGACAAAUAUAAGAAUGUAAUGAUCAUAUUAACAAAAGCAGACGAUGACAUUCUCUUGUUCCAGCCUGGUGUGGAAAAGGAGGCCAGGAUAUCUUCCAUGCACCAAUUUUAUAGUUUGGUCCAUGGCACCCACAAGAGGUUAUCAUAGAAUCAUAGAACAGCUUGGGUUGGAAGGGACAUUAAUGACCAUUCACUUCCAACCCCCCAGGGAUGCCAUCCACUAGAUCAGGUUGCCCAGGGCCUCAUCCAACCUGGCCUUGAAUAUAUCCAGGGAUGGAGCUUCUCUAGGCAGCCCAUGCCAGGGCCUCACCAGGUAAAGGAUGUUGAUUUUGCAGGUUUUAGCUAAUACAGCUGUAUGUUGUGUAUCAACCACAAGGACAGGACUGAGACAGGGUCUAUGCUGUCAGGAUGACCCUAAAGACAAGGGAGGGAAAGGCUGCAUGCACACAGGUAAUAGAACCAGAAAGAACUGGACUGGGAUUUUUAAGUCUGUCAGAGAAAGGAAGGGUCAGAAGUUUAGCAGCAAGGAAGAUUUCUGGCCUUCAUCAAAAGACCACCAGAGUAUGCUGGAUGACCACCCAAGGACUCUAUGCGUAUGUGAACAGGGGUAGGAACCUAUGUUAAUGAGUCUGUGGAGAUGUAAUGAAUAUGCAGGAGACACGAAAUGAAAUGAAAAUGUUUAUAUAUAUGUAUAUAUGCCAUUGACAUAAGCACACUGCCAGUAACCCUGUGUGUGUUAGGCGGAGCGAUCUGCCACACACCUGGUGCUGUAAUAAAGAAUACCUGCUUAAUUA